AGAAUGAGCACUUGUUGCUGGUGCACACCGGGUGGCAUUUCCACCCUUGAUUUCCUAAAGAGCUAUGCCUCCAGGACCCUCUCUGGAGAAUUCCACACAGCUGACGAAGACCUCUGCUACUGCUUAGAAUGUGUGGCUGAAUACCACAAAGCAAGAGAAGAAUUGCCUUUCUUACAUGAGGUUUUAUGGGAAUUAGAAACCCUACGUCUCAUAACUCACUUUGAAAAAUCUAUGAAAGCAGAACUUGCAGAUGAUGAUGAUGAUGAGUUAUAUAUAGUAGACAGCAAUGGAGAGGCACAGCUGUUUGACUUUACUGGCCAAGACUUUGAGAAUAAGCUUCGCGUUCCUCUGCUUGAGAUACUGAAAUACCCUUACCUGCUUCUACACGAGCGUGUCAGUGAGUAUCGUAGGCUUGCACUGAGGCCCCUGUAUGUGGAAGAGGACAAGGACACAGGACACCUGAUUGAGAGCCACUGGUUUGUAGUGAUGUUCACCAAUCACCAGUCAGUGGUUCGGCGUUGGGCUAUCCUGACUGCAAGAAACUUGGGGAAGGUAGACAGAGAUGAUUACUACGACUUACAGGAAGUUUUAACUUGUCUUUUUAAAGUCAUUGAGUUGGGGCUUCUAGAAAGUCCAGACAUUUAUACCUCUUCUGUCCUGGAAAAGGGUAAACUGAUUCUUCUGCCCUCACACAUGUACGAUACUACCAACUACAAAAACUACUGGCUAGGUAUUUGCAUGUUGCUGACCAUUCUCGAGGAGCAGGCCAUGGACUCACUGUUGCUGGGCUCAGACAAACAAAAUGACUUUAUGCGGUCGAUCCUGCACACCAUGCAGAAACAGUCAAAUGAUGAUAGCAUGGAUCCUUUCUGGCCAGCCUUACACUGUUUCAUGGUGAUUCUGGAUCGGCUUGGAUCUAAGGUCUGGGGUCAACUUAUCGAUCCUAUUGAAGCAUUUCAAACCAUCAUCAACAAUGUGAGCUAUAACAGAGAGAUCCAAAAUAUACGGAACAGCUCUGUGAGGACAAAGGUAGAGCCGGAACCGUACUCGGAUGAUAUGGUUACUUGCAGCCAGAUUGUGUACAAUUACAAUCCUGAAAAGACCAAGAAGGAUUCAGGAUGGAGAUCAGCCAUUUGCCCAGAUUAUUGUCCUAAUAUGUAUGAAGAAAUGGAAACAUUAGCCAAUGUGCUCCAGUCAGAUAUCGGUCAAGACAUGCGUGUCCAUAACAGCACGUUUCUGUGGUUCAUACCUUUUGUCCAGUCUCUCAUGGACCUGAAGGACCUGGGUGUGGCCUACAUAGUAGAAGUUAUUCACCACCUGUACUCUGAAGUCAAGAAUGUCCUCAACCACGCAGAUGCAGGAUGUGACAAAGUCACAGAGUUCUUUCUCCUGAUUUUGGUGUCUGUGAUUGAACUGCACAGAAAUAAGAAAUGUUUGCAUUUGCUGUGGGUUAGUUCCCAGAAAUGGGUGGAAGCUGUUGUGAAAUGUGCCAAGCUUCCCACCACAGCCUUCGCACGGAUUUCUGAGAAAUCACCUGGAAGUUUCUCCAAAGGAACAACAAUGAUGUCCUCCCUAUCGUUGCAUUCAGUGCCAUCUAACUCUGUGCAGCUUGCUUGUGUGCAGCUCAUUAGGAGUCUUCUCAAAGAAGGCUACCAGCUUGGCCAUCACGCUCUUUGCAAGCGAUUCUGGAAUAAGCUUAACUUAUUCCUUCGAGGAAAUUUGUCUCUAGGUUGGCAGUUGACGGAUCAGGAAACCCGUGAGUUACAGACUUGCUUAAAACAAAUUAUUAAGAACAUAAAAGGCAAAGCCUCUCCUUGUAGCACUCCAGUGGACCUGACUCCUGCUUCUAAAAGCCCGCUUGUGUCUUUUAAAGAAGAAAAUGAAGAAAUAGAGAAACCCAAAAAAGACACGAAUGGUAUGGAAAAUUGUAGCCCAACAUUUACUAAAGAACCAAUCAAAAUGGAGACAUAUCAAGUGCAAGAGAGUCCAUUGAGCAGAGCGGGGAACGUAGAAUGGGAGGAUGUGAAGCACACUUACCCCAAGGAUCUGAAUGAGGAAGAUGAACUCCCAUCUGAGUCGCACUUAGUGCAGAAUAGUAAAGGCCUUUUUACCAAAGGAGCUCGAGAGCAAGUGAAACCCAGUAGAGGGAAACAGAAGUCUGCCAGGGAGAAAGUUGUAUGCACCUCAACAAGUGGCCCAGAAAGGGAUUCUGACAGAGGAGUAAUUGUUUCAACAUACUUGUUGACUGAUUCUAGCACUGAUUCUCUAGAAAAAGUGUCUACAUCAAACGAGGAUUCCGCUUUAACGGAUGAUCAUGGUAAAACCUCGAGACCAAAGAAUAAGGUGCAUAAAGAUGAAAUAUGUGCAAAGCUGUUCCGUGUCAUAAAGCAGCAGCCCAGAAGGAGUACUUCACUCAGUCAUGCUGCUGGGGCAGAAGGAAGCAAGAGUGACUGUGAUGCCGAGGUAGAGAGCUCUGCGAUAGGAGACAGCGUCACGUGUGAUCCAUCUGCAGACCCUGAAGCCAUGCUGGAUGUUGAACAAGGAGAACAAAAGCCUGAAGACAAUUUAUUGCUGACGAAACAAUGGAAGAGUGAAGAGUUAGAUUUGUACUCUCCUCAUGAAAAGAGUUUUCAGAUACAGGAAAGACGUGGAAAAGGGGUGGUAUCGAGUACAGACAUGACCAACAUGGCAAAGACUCUGUCUCCCUUUCAACAUCCUUCAGCUGUACUUGAGUCAAGAGAUAAGGAAGCAAGUAAGAGUGCAGAUUGGGUCUCCUCUACUAGGGACGAGCCCUCUGACACUGCUCACAAGCCCACUGUUGGAACAGAUUGCCUGGUGGACCGAGACCUCCACAAAGUAGUGGCCCAAGCCAGUGUUAUUAAAUUUCCAUCAAAUUCAACUAAAAAUAGUUCACCCCAACUAGAAAGAAAAGUAAAAAAUGACAAAAGAUGUUCCACAACUAACCAGCACAGAGUUGCAGAUACCAGCUAUGGGCAAGUGAUUGUCAUUUCAGAUUCUGAUGACGACGAGGAACUUCUGGAACUUGAGAAACACACCAACCAGGACACAGUAAGCAGCACUAAGGAAGUGCCAGGCCAGUGUGACUCGGAUGCAAAUGCUAGUGCUGACAAGAAGUUUAUAAAGGAGGAAGAUGCAAAGUCCAUUCUACUUGAGUCCGAUUCACAGUUUUUUGAGUUUGAAAGUGCCUCUGAGGUGUUUUCGGUGUGGCAGGAUCAUAAAGAAGAAGGCAGCAAGGAUUCAGUUGAGGAGGUGGGAGGAAGCUCGGGUGGGGCACAUGUGUCUGCCGAGGCUGAGAAGGACAGCAAAAAACGGGCAGAGCCACAUAGUAGAGAUGAGGAACUGUGUGAAAUGGAAGUCAAAAAACCUAGGAGAAAACAGUAUGAAAAACCUGUGGCCAAAGACCCUCUAAGGCCUUCAUCUUCUGCCAGAAAGAAGGAGCAGUCUCAUGAUGACAGUGACUUGCACGCUGUGGCCUCAGAGACCGCCACACCCAGUCUGGCUGCACUGAAGAGGUCCUCGCCAAAGCUCCGGACUUACUCCAAGCCUAUCAGGAAGGUCCCAGCCUCCAAAACGCCUAAGAAGACACAUUCUGAAUCUAAAAGAGGGCAGAACAAGAGUUCCCAUUACCUGAGUUGCAGAACAACUCCUGCCGUUGUGCCACCCAAGAAAUUCCGCCAGUGUCCCGAGCCAGCUUCAACCGUUGAGAAACUGGGUCUGAAGAAAGCCCCUCGGAAGGCGUUCGAGCUGUCCCAGCGCUCCUUAGACUACUUGGUGCAGUUACGGGAUCAUGGCAAAAGUGUCGGGGUUGUGGAGACCCGAAAAAAGGCCAAGUUAGUUUCUCCGCAGACUCUUCCUGUCAAAAACAACAAGAAACUGCUGCCCGACCAGGAUGAUGUUCAGCUACAAAGGCAGGCGAAGCCUAAGAAUAGAAAAGACGUUUUGGUGAGUGAAAGUACCCGGGCUAAGAGAACAAGGUCCCCCGUAGCUGCGAGUGUAGAUGUUGUGAGGCCGGAGUCUGGCAGAACAGAUGAGUCCGGGAAAGGCACAGAGGUGCUUGCCAACAGCGGUGAAAAACAGCUCCUCCACCUCUCAUCCUCCAAAGCAGAAACACCGCCAGCAAAACGCGCUUCAAAGGAGCCCAGUGAUGAUUGUCUUCUGAACUACUGUGAUUCUAGAGUACAGAAUGGAAGGAUGCCGGACAGUGACAUACCUGCCUCGACUUCAGAGAGCCCUGGAGGUGGUGAUUCGACAGGACGUAGUGGGCAGGUGGCAGUUGUGAACCAGUCUGAGCUGGAUUCCGGCAGCGACAUGGAUGACGACAAUUUAUAUUUAACACAAAAUGACCCUGAAGACAUGGACUUAUGUUCACAGAUGGACACUGAUUACGCUCACCUGAUUGAAGUGAUUCCCGGAGAAGAUGCACUUCCGACAGAAGAUGCUGUGCAUCCACCUCAUGUGGAGUCUUCGAGUGACACUAAGUGCAAGUACAAAGACUGUGUUGAAACCAUAAAAGCCCAGAGUGAGUAUUGCGCACAGCACUCUGAAGCUAAAACAGCAGACGACAAUGUCUUCCGCAAACCUGGCCUGCCUCUUUCUGCAGUCAGGCCUUUGAGACCUACCACCACUAAGGUUUUCAGCUCAAGUGGUAGCUCACGAAUUGCCAACCUCUCCAGGUCUCUGGACAACACUACAAUCCCAUCAACUCUAAGAAAUAAGCCAACACAGUCAAUUCUGAAAAUGCCCCAGUCCUCUGCAGUAUUGCAGAAGCCGGUGGCUGAAGUGAAGAGCUUACGCAGUGCUCUCAACCCGCAGAGCCCCAGCAGCGCCCUCAGGUCAGCCUACAGACCUCAGUCAGCAGCCUCCUCGCCUGCAAACGCGCUCUCUUCGUCACAGUCUAUCUCUGACACCUUCAUUAAAGAGGUCUUAAAGUGGAAAUACGAGAUGUUUUUGAACUUUGGUCAGUGCGGGGCACCGUCGAGUCUUUGUCAAUGCAUCUCAAGAUCUGUGCCUGUCAGAUUUCAAGAUUGUACAGAGUAUUUUGAUGUUUUUCUCCCCUUGAUGAUAUUGAAUACUUUUGAAACAAUGGCACAGGAAUGGAUCAACUCUCCCAAUAAAGAUAAUUGCUAUCAGGUACAGCUAAAAAAGUUUGCAGCUGAUUAUAAAAAAAGCUGGGAGUUUGUGGUUUAUCUGGAUGAAAGUGAAUUGGCUAAACAGCUUCAUCCCAAGGAAAAUGAUUUGGUGUUUUUGCGUUGUGGGAGACUAAGUGGAGAGAAGAAAGACACGGAGAGAGGCAGCGUGGCAGAUCACCAUAUGUAUUACUGUGGCUAUGUCCAUAAGUUCCGUCGCACUGCACUCAUGCGCAGUAGGAAAUCGGAGUGUUCCCUUUCCAUCCAGAUUCAAGAUCACUUGCCAGCCAGUUUAAACGAACUUAUGAAAUGUGUUGUAAUCAGUUCCCUGGUAACAACACAGAGGAAAUUGAAAGCCAUGUCUCUGUUGAGUGGUCGGAACCAACUGGCCAGAGCCAUUCUGAAUCCAAAUCCCAUGGACUUCUGUACCAAAGAUCUACCAGCUAUGUCCUCUGAGAGAAUUAUUAACUACUUAAAAGAUUUCAAUGAAGAUCAAAAGAAAGCAAUAGAAACUGCAUAUGCCAUGGUGAAACACUCACCAUCAGUUGCCAAAAUCUGUCUGAUUCAUGGGCCACCUGGAACAGGAAAAUCAAAAACUAUUGUUGGUCUGCUGUACCGCUUACUCACAGAGAACCCGAGGAAGGGGCAUUCUGAUGAAAACUCCAAUGCGAAAAACAAACAAAACCGUGUCCUUGUGUGUGCGCCUUCGAAUGCAGCCGUUGAUGAACUUAUGAAAAAAAUCAUCCUCGAAUUCAAAGAAAAAUGCAAAGAUAAGAAAAAUCCUUUGGGAAACUGUGGAGAUAUAAAUUUAGUACGACUGGGUCCAGAAAAGUCUAUUAAUAAUGAGGUCCUAAGAUUCAGCUUGGACAGCCAAGUUAACCACAGAAUGAAGAAAGACUUACCUUCUCAUGUUCAAGAGAUGCAUAGAAAGAAGGAGUUUCUCGAUCAUCAGCUGGAUGAGCUUUCCCGCCAGCGGGCGUUAUGCCGAGGUGGAAGGGAGAUGCAGAGGAAAGAGUUAGAUGAAAAAAUUACUAGAGUUUCAAAAGAAAGGCAAGAACUUGCUUCAAAAAUUAAAGAGGUUCAGGGACGCCCCCAGAAAACACAGAACAACAUCAUCUUGGAGUCGCAUGUCAUCUGCUGCACGCUGAGCACCAGCGGGGGUUUGCUGCUUGAGUCAGCUUUCCGCGGGCAAGGGGGGCAAGCCUUCAGCUGUGUCAUUGUAGACGAGGCUGGGCAGUCCUGUGAGGUCGAGACUCUUACCCCCCUCAUCCACCGCUGCAACAAGCUCAUCCUAGUGGGAGACCCCAAGCAGCUCCCACCCACUGUCAUUUCCAUGAAGGCACAGGAGUGUGGCUAUGACCAGUCGAUGAUGGCUCGCUUCUACAAGCUGCUGGAGGAGAGUGUGGAGCAGAACCAGAUCGGCAGACUGCCAGUUGUACAGCUCACUGUUCAGUACCGCAUGCACCCAGACAUAUGUCUCUUCCCUUCCAAUUACAUUUAUAACAAAAGCUUGAAAACAAAUAGGCUCACUGAAGCCAAUCGAUGCUCCUCAGACUGGCCAUUUCAGCCCUACCUCGUGUUUGAUGUCGCAGAUGGUUCGGAAAGACGGGACAAUGACUCCUACGUAAAUAUUCAAGAAAUAAAAUUAGUGAUGGAAAUAAUGAAGUUGAUUAAAGACAAAAGAAGAGACACUACCUUUCGGAACAUUGGCAUAAUAACCCAUUACAAGGCUCAGAAGACGAUGAUUCAGAAGGACUUAGACAAAGAAUUUGAUAGGAAAGGUUCGGCGGAAGUGGACACUGUGGACGCUUUCCAGGGCCGUCAGAAGGACUGCAUCAUUGUCACCUGUGUCCGGGCCAGUGCCACACAAGGCUCCAUUGGAUUCCUGGCAAGUUUGCAGAGAUUGAAUGUCACCAUAACCCGAGCCAAGUAUAGUCUUUUCAUCCUGGGGCACUUGAGGACCUUGAUGGAAAAUGAGCACUGGAAUCAACUGAUUCAGGAUGCCCAGAAGCGAGGGGCCAUAGUCAAGACCUGCGACAAGAACUACAAGCACGAUGCAGCGAAGAUUAUGAAGCUCAAGCCUGUGCUGCAGAGGGGCCUGAGCCACCCCCCCACCACAGCCCCAGAGGUGGCCAGGCCCCAGGGUGGCCUGCCCAGCAGCAAGCUGGACGGCGGACUUGCCACCACCUCUUUCGCUGCUUCUCUCUAUCACACGCCCUCCAACUCCAAGGAAGCGUCUGUCACCAUCACCUCAAAUGGCCCCGAAAGGUCUUGUCUUCAGGAGCGCCUGAGGGACCCACGACUCUUUAGAAGGUUGGAGCUUGAUGCCAAGGGGGUGUUCCCCAGGGAUCCACAGCCGUCUAGCCCCCAGCAUUCUGGGGCGACCCCUCCCUUGGGAGAGCCAGGCUUUCCCAUGAGUCACCAGGACCAGGGUGGCAGGGGGUCCACUACCAAAGCGGCCCCUGUGAGCGGUGCCAGGUCUCUCCCGCAGGCCAGGCCUCCGGCUCCCAGCCAUGCCGGGCCUACCAGCGGAAGGAGGUGCAGGAACCCGGAGCCGGGGCCGAGCUACAGGCGGGAGACCAGGGCUUUUAGCAGGGGCGAGCAGGAGAGGUACAGCUCGGUGUCCUACUAUCCAAAGAGGAACUCUUACUGGCCCAGAAGGGGGCCUGAGGAGGACAGUGGUGCCAAGAAGAGACGGCUUUUAUAGUGAAGCCGAGCACUGGGCCGGCAGCCACAGCGCAGCUGUAAACAUGCCAAGACCAGCUAGCAGAAACAUCAGACAGUUCUCGGUUUUUGUGUUCUGUUUUAUUUUGCUUUUUCCUUAAAGAGUUUGUGUGCUGCCGGAAAACAAGUGCGUCUCAACACCUGAGCCUUCGAUCAUCUUCACUACUUUUUCUCCAUUUGGAAAGCCUUCAGAGGGCGUCUGUGUACUGGGAUAACUAACGCCUUGGCGGUGAGACUCCAUGUGUAACCCGGCUCUUGCGUGGGAAGAGAGGUCAGAUGGAGCAAAUGUUGUAAAGGUUGAGAUGUAUAUUUGUAUAGCAAAUUAACAAAUUGUUUUGAGAAUGUAAUCUGGUAGACCACUUUUCUUUCCCCCUGCUUAAAAUGUUGUAUAGCACAUUAACAAAACCUUUGGA